AUGUUACAACCUUCCCUAUAUACCGCUUUGUCUCCUCCCGUUAAGGAUGAACCGAAGCUGGAGAGAGAGCCAGAAAAGGCCUUGGAGUCGGAGCAGCAGCAGCAGCUGAAGCAGAGAAGGCUUUCCCCGCCACAGCAUCAAGUACUACAAGGUACACCGGAUGCGCAAAGAAACGAGCUGAAGCAAGAAGAGCUGGAUCAGGCCGAGCUGCUGCAUCACUGCCAAGCUCAAGCAUCGUUGGUUGAAAGACUUACGCCAGCCGUCUCCGCCGCGGUCACUGACAGCAGCCGAGUCCCGUCGCCUGCAGAAGACCGCGAAGACUCGAAAGCUGCAGUGUCAACCGUGUCAGUGACUUCGAUCACCUCUACUUAUUCUCUUGGUGUAGCUGCCACUACAGACCACCCCAAGAUUCCUGAGCACAAAGCAGACUGCCGUGUGUCGCCACCUUCCGAAUCACAAGCUGCUUCAGCUGGGGAAGAACAGGCCGGGAUCUUCAGGGUUGAACACAUCCACCGCAGCAGUGCGCCGUCCAAUCCAUCUGUCUCGCUCGCCAACGGGAUCACAACUGCCACGUCCUCGGUGUCGCCGGAACCAAUGUCGAACGGACCUCCUCCGCCGGUUGGCCACCCCCGCCAGCAUGCCAGCUACCCCGAGCAGCACCAACCAACCUACUCGCAAGCUCCCAUGCCUUCGGGCCCCUAUGGUUACUCACCAAUAACGACCCAACCCCCGAUGGACCCUUAUCGAGCUGGACAACAACCGCUGCCUCCGAAUCACGCAAUGGCGCUGCCGAGCAUGAGGAGCCUCGCGCCUUUGCAACACCAGCAGCAGCAGCAGCAACAACAACAACAACACCAUCAACAUCCACAACAUGCCAUGUCCAUGGCCCAUGCCCCGAUCCCUACGGCAUAUUAUGCUCAGCAUAUGAUGAACCCAUAUGGCAUGGGCCCGGAUCUGCGCUUUGCUUUGCCCUUGACAGAUCCGCGGAUACAGAUGAGCGGGGGACGUAACAAAAAGUGCGACGAGACGCAUCCUACCUGCAACAACUGCAAAAAAUCCAAGCGGGAGUGUGCCGGGUACGACCCGCUAUUUACCAACGUGACAACCCCGCCAGGGCCUUCGACCAUCCAACCAGCAUCCCUUCCUCCGCAAGCCACAACAGGUACAGGCCCUGUUCCGGGUUCAGCUCCAGGCUCGAUCACAGGCACAGCUCCUUCUACCGGUUCCCCAAGCCUGAGCCCUUAUAGCCACCACCUACCCGCGCCCGUGGUGCCCAGUAACUACGCGCCCGCACCGACGCCGGCCCAAGGUCACCACUACGACCCCAACCCCUCGUCGGCCUCUUCCGCUUCGGCCCCUGUCGCACUAUCGUCGUCGAAUAGCAUUGAUUACUCGGGCGGCAUUGACCCCGCUCUCGACACAGGUACGGCGUCUUCGGCGAUCCAUCACCACCACCAACACAGCCACAAUAAUCACCACCAGCACAACAGCAACACAAACCCAAACAACAUGAACCACUCUGAACACUACAGAGCCGGCAGCCCUGCAUUUUACAACUCGUGUCCGCCUCUUCGCCUGCCCUAAUUUGCAGUUGUUGCAAUCGCCGCGUUGAUUCUUUGUGUUGUUCGCCGUUGCUCGCAUUUCUGCUGCUGUUGCUGCUAUCACUUUUUCCUCCCCCUUGUUGUUACCUGCAUCAUGUCGGAAGCCGAACCCGAGGGAGCAGCAUUGACUCACAAUAGUACCCAGACAAAGGUUAUGAAGGUCGAUGAGCUCUGCGCCCUUGCCGGGCCGCCUCCGCCGCCUCCUCAGAAUCCGGCAGGAAGAGAGACUCUUGACGAGAUUCUCAAGAUCUACUACGAAAUCUAUGUGCCUGGCCUUGCGUCUUUUUUUGAGACGCACUGGUACAAUUUCAAGCCGGAGGGUACGAACCCAAGUACCAUCCUCACCAAGAACGCAAAUGCAGUAAACCUUCUUGCAAGUUUUCUGGACGCUCUUAACCAGACCAAGAAGAACACGGAUGCAGCACAGGUAGCUGCAGCAGGCGCCAUAGAGACGCGCGUGGUUUGGGGCCUCGCCACUCUUGCGUAUACGAUACCUGCGGCGACUAAUCCCGCGGGCGAUGAUCCUCUCCCUCAGGACAACGGCGCUGAGGUACGCAACAGGCUACACGUGUUUGAGACGCUUCUCUCUGGCACCUACCUCAACAUCAACCCUUGCGUUCCACCACCGCGCAAGGGCGACCCUCACAGGAUCAGGGAGUUUGAAUUUUGGUAUUAUCUGGCCGAGUCCCUGCGGGUCGGCGAGGCGCCUAGCGUAGUGCAACAGCGCGAGGCUGCCAUAUCGCGCAUCCGGAACCUGUUGGACGGUCGCGAGAAUCGGGACGUGUGCUAUUCGAUACGUGUCCUCCGCGAGUUGGCGCCCAAGUUUUCCCCUGGGUUCGAGAGCUCGCUGCCGCAGCAUCUUGACGAGGGUGAUCAGCGCAACAGACUUGCUGUGGCGGCGCAGUUCAUCAAGGAUGAAGCGCGGACCUCGGGAGGUACCACAAACGUUGUCAGGCGGCUCGCGGAGCUGGCCAUAAAGGCGUUUAUCGCUCCUGGCGUAAACAUUGUCCGCAGGCCAUCUUGAACUGGGUCAUAUGGGACAGAAGAGAGAGAAAAAGAAAAUUAAUCAUAUUAUUACUUGCACACCGUUUCUUCUCAUCACCAAGCCAGUCAGCAUCAUCAUUAUCAUCAUCAUUAUCAUAAUCCCUCACCUUCAACAUCAUGAUUACAUUUUACAUCAUCCUCAAGCAUCUGCCUGGAUCCCACUUAGUUCAUUAAUCUCAUCCCACCCUCUCAAUCGACGCUUUAUGACCUUUUUCUUUCUUUUUCCACUUGGCUUUGCAUCUUUUUGCAAUAUGCUAUAUACCUAUUUGUUUAUAUACCAAUGUAUAAAAAGUCUCUUAUAUUCUUGUUACCUUUUUCCUUCCAUCUAUUCUUUUGUUUUACUUUUCCCUUCUCUCUAAAUAUUCGAUACAAAAAUAGCUGGGCUUCGGCGAAUGCUAAUAGGGGUGCGCGUGUGGCGCUGUAAGAUACGUACGUUGCUGAAGCAUAAAAAAGAAAUUGUUAAUUCUGCAAUCAU